GGACGCUCUGGCCGACGUCUCGGCUGCUCUGCGAGGGAACUGCGCUUGCUGCUGCUGUUGCAAGCGAAGAGUCCUCCCGCCCGCCAUAUUGGUACCCGCGCCGCAGCUAUUGCGUGUUUGUCCCUGCAGCGCCAGCGGAGCCUGCCCUGGGGCGGCCCAGCAGAGCAGGGAGGAGCCCUUUUUCCUACCCGUCCGCGCGCCCACUACCCUCCCGCCGCCCGCCAUGGCGACGAGGCCUGGCGACUCCUGAAGGAAAUCGGCCGCCGUCACCAGAGCAGGGAACAAACCGGCUCCCCUCCCGCUCAGGUCGUCUCUAGCCUUUCCCUCCGCCACAACAUGGAGGCCGUGAAAGCUUUUAACAGCGAGCUGUACUCGCUGAAUGACUACAAACCUCCUAUUUCAAAGGCUAAAAUGACACAGAUUACUAAGGCUGCAAUCAAGGCUAUAAAGUUUUACAAGCAUGUUGUACAAAGUGUUGAAAAAUUCAUUCAAAAGUGUAAACCAGAAUACAAGGUGCCUGGCCUGUAUGUCAUUGACUCUAUUGUUCGACAGUCUCGACAUCAGUUUGGACAAGAAAAGGAUGUGUUUGCUCCUAGGUUUAGCAAUAACAUAAUUAACACUUUCCAGAAUUUAUACCGUUGCCCUGGGGAUGACAAGAGUAAAAUUGUUAGAGUACUAAAUUUGUGGCAGAAGAAUAAUGUGUUCAAAAGUGAAAUUAUCCAGCCUCUAUUGGAUAUGGCAGCAGGAAUUCCUCCUCCAGUCAUGACCCCUGUCUUGCCUGGGACAACCGCUACUAUGAGUAACAAUACACCAGGAACACCCGUGACACCUGCUACGCCAGCCAAUGUGGUUCAAAGUUUACCUGAUCCUUGGGUGUCUCAGAUAGCUAAUACAGAUACCCUUGCUGCUGUAGCACAGAUCCUGCAGAGUCCACAAGGCCAACAGCUUCAGCAGUUAAUACAGACACUGCAAAUGCAACAGCAGAAACCACAGCCAUCAUUACUUCAAGCACUGGAUGCUGGUCUUGUUGUUCAGUUACAAGCCCUCACUGCACAACUUACUGCUGCUGCUGCCGCCACCAAUACACUUAAUCCAUUAGAACAGAGUGUCUCUUUUAACAAGAAGCUGAUGGACAGGUUUGGUGAUUUUGGUGAAGAAGUUGACAUUAAUGAAGAACCUAAAAAAGAAACUCCAACUUCCCAACUGCCUCUUGUGUCUGAAUCUGUGAACAAUUCACUUUUUCAUCAACUAGCUGAACAAUUACAGCAACAGAACUUAGAACAUCUCCGCCAGCAGCUUCUGGAGCAGCAACCUCCAAAGGCAAGCCCUGAGGAAACACAAGAAGGAAAUUUUGGUUCUGAGCAUUCCGCAUCACCUUCACAAGACAGUAGCCACCAGCAAUUUUUAGAAGUGGAAACUAAUCUUGACAAUUCAAUGGAUGUUCAGCAGCAGGACAUGGAAAUAGAUGAAGGCCAAGAAGUUAUAGAACAGGAAGUAUUUGAGCAAGAGGAAAAGAAAUCAGCAGUUCCUUCAAGAUCAAGAACACGUUCAAGAUCUCGUUCAAGGUCUCCAAGAAAAAGAAGGUCCAGAUCACGAUCUGGCUCUCGAAAGCGUAAACAUAGAAAGCGUUCACGCUCUAGAUCAAGAGAAAGAAAGAGGAAGUCUUCAAGGUCCUACUCAAGUGAAAGAAGAGCUAGAGAGAGGGAAAAAGAACGACAGAAAAAAGGGUUACCUCCUAUACGAUCCAAAACACUAAGUGUCUGCAGUACUACACUUUGGGUUGGUCAGGUGGACAAGAAAGCCACACAACAAGAUUUAACCAAUUUAUUUGAAGAAUUUGGACAAAUAGAAUCUAUAAAUAUGAUCCCUCCCAGAGGUUGUGCAUAUGUCUGUAUGGUUCACAGACAAGAUGCUUAUCGUGCUCUUCAGAAGCUAAGCUCAGGAUCCUACAAGAUUGGAUCUAAAAUUAUUAAGAUUGCAUGGGCUUUAAAUAAAGGGGUGAAAACCGAAUACAAACAAUUUUGGGAUGCAGAUCUUGGAGUUUCAUAUAUACCUUGGGAAAAAGUUAAAUUGGAUGAUUUAGAUGGCUUUGCAGAAGGAGGCAUGAUUGACCAGGAAACAGUAAAUAGUGAAUGGGAAACUGCAAGAAGCACAGAGACUGCAAAAGAGUCUGUGCAAACAACCCAGACUACAACUGUUGACAAGACCACAGCUGUCACAACACAAACCGAAACUUACACACAAUCUGUCACUAUGUUACAGAUACCUGUAGCUCCAGCUGUGCCAGCAGUUAGUUUAGUACCACCAGCAUUUCCUGUUACAAUGUCUGUUCCUCCUCCUGGCUAUAGUUCAAUUCCUCCACCUCCCUUCUUAAGAGCAAGCUUCAAUCCUUCACAACCACCUCCUGGUUAUAUGCCUCCACCUGUUCCACCACCAGUAGUCCCACCACCAGUAGUCCCAACCUCUCUUGUACAGCCUUCAUUACCAAUUGCUCAAGAGUCUAUGAAAGACUACAGCAGCCUUGUUUUACCAGUUGGCACCGUUUCUAGCAGUCUUACCACCCCAACAUUAUCUGCAGGAAGUGUUUUUACUCUUUCAAGUAACAAGUCAGAAUUGGAUGAAAAGGGAUCUCACCUUUCAGAUCUUCAGAUUUCAUCUAGUGAAAACAGAACGGUUCCAGAUGAUGUUUCAAGCAGUUCUGGACUUAUUGGGGGAGUGCAGCCUCCCAGUGUCUCAACCAGUUCGGGGCUUGUAGGGGGAAUGCCGCCACCUAGUGUGUCAAGUAGUUCUGGGCUUGUGCAGCCACCCAGUAUCUCAAGCAGCUCUGGACUUUUGACAAGAGUUCACCCACCUCAUGGUUCGAACAGCUCUGGGCUUUUGACAGGUGUUCAUCCUCCAAGUGUCUCAAGCAGCUCUGGGCUUCUGACGGGACUCCAGCCCAUGAGUGUCUCAAGCAGCUCCAGCCUUCUAAUGGGACUCCAGCCACCCAUAGUGUCAAGUAACUCUGGGCUUUUGUCAGGAGUCCAGCCACCUAUAGUGUCAAGUAGUUCUGGGCUGUUGGCAGCACUCCAGCCACCCAUUGUAUCAAGCAACUCUGGGAUUCUGGGAUUGCCACCACCGAUUGUCUCAAGUAGUUCUGGACUAUUGGGAUUACCACCACCAAACAUUUCAAGUGGCUCUGGACUUCUGGGGUUACAGCCACCCAGUGGAAUUCAAAAUGUACCCCACUUAACUAUUGCUAGUCAAAGGAUGCCUGGAAUGCCUCUAGUAGAUAUCCGCUCAGGACUCAUGCCACAGCCACCUGGGCCACGAUUUCCUCUCCUACAGCCUGGAAUGCCUCCACAGCAUAAUAUUCCUCCUCCAACAAUCCUUGACCCAUCCCUUCCUCCUCCUAGAGCUCCUUUCCUUUCAGGAGAUCUGUUUACUCAAACAGAGAGGCCUUUUGGAACUUCUGGUAGGCCAAGUAUUGAUAACAUUUCUAAUCCUGAUAAAAGGUUGCCAGUUGGAGAUGAUAGCAUUCAGCAAGAAGGAGAUAGAGACUAUCGCUUCCCUCCAGUGGAAAAUAGAGAGAACAUUAAUCGAACAUCUUCAGUGGAUAUUAGGGAUUCAGUUGGAAGGCCACCACUAGAUCCGAGAGAGAGCCUAGGAAGACCUCCAGUAGAUGGAAGAGAACAUCUUGCCAGGCCACCCAUAGAUUUAAGAGAGAACUUUGGAAGACCAGGCAUGGAGAACCUUGGUAGGAGAGACCAUUUUGCUUUCAAUUCAGAUAAGCACUGGGGACAGAGAGGAGAUUAUGAUGAAAGAGAGCAUCAUGCUUUUCCUGCCUAUGGUGGUCUUAAAGGCUUCCAGGAAGACAGAGAGAGGUAUCGACAAACAAACUACAGAUUUGAAACUCGGAGUGGCCCGAGCUGGAACCGGGGACUUGAACAGGAUACUCACAGAGACUUUGAUGAUCGCCGUAGACCUUGGGAAAGGCAGAGGGACAGGGAUGACAGAGAUUUUAACUUUGGCAGAGAAAUUAAUGGAAACAGGUUUGGGAGAGAGAGAAUACAGAACAACUGGAUACCUGCUCCACAUCCAAGAGCAUUUGAAUUUUUUGAAGGUGGCACUUCUCAACAAAAAGCUGACAUUGUGCCCCAAGUUAAUGGUGAAAAUGCAGAGACAGAGAGUCAGACAUCUGCUGUGCAAGUACAGGAUGAAUCAGAACUUUAUGAAAAGCUGGCAACUUCAAGUGACACAAAAAAAGAGAAGAGUGACACAGAAGCUGAAUUAGAAAGUGAACCAGUGGUAGAAAGCACAGAAACUGAGGGGACAUAAUCAUCACUCAGUAGGCAAUGUGAUGAAGGCUGUUGUGGCAACUUACCGUGUGCUGAGCUCGGCAGAGUUCAGUGAGAAGUACUUCGGUGUUCUUGUGGGCAUCACAUCGGAUCUUGGUUGUGAAGUAUUAGAAGGAGCCUGGCGUUACAUAUUGAGGAGGCAUUGUGUGUCGAUACACACUUUCCAAUCAAAACCAGGGAUUACGAAUGUACCUAGCAGUAUUACCUGUCUGGAGCAGGCUUAAUUUUAUAAAUUGCAAGCAAUAAACUCUAUGAGUUUUUUUUUUAAAGACCUUCUUUCUGUUUUUCUGAGGAUGAUCUCCUCAAAUGAACAGUUUUGCAUCCAAUACAGAGGGAGGCUCUUCUGCAGGACCAGAAGAAAACACUGGACUAUAAAUCAUAAACUAAAGCCCACCUGUUCUCGUGCCAGUAAUUGAAGGACAGAUUGCAAGAAAGAAAGAAAAAGCUACAGUGGAAAAGGUGUUUCCUUUUCUUUCAGGACUACACAUGUCAACAUGUGUUUUAGGAGACUCCAUUUGACGUAAAACUACAUGUGCAAUCAUUGUGUAGACUUUGAAUUAUGACUGGUGCCCUCAGUUCUGGACAUUUGCACUGACUGAGGUGUAAUGCCAAAGCAACAUCAUGUUUUGCAAUCCAUCAGAACACCACUUCCUAAGCACUGAAUUUCUGGCACAGGAAGUCUUGGGGUUGGGCUGUAAGGUCCAGAGAACACCUGGACAUUUUCAGGUUGAUGAGCCCCAAAGUCUUCAGCAUUUCAGAAGAACUGGAAAUGAAAAUCUCAGGGCCAAUAUUUGGCCAGUCUCAUCAUUCAGCUCUCUGUUAACAUCUAGAAGGCUGAGUGGUAAAGAGAGGUGAUGAUGAAAGUGUUUGAGGGGGGGUCAAUUAAUUUUAAAAUGCACUCAGCAGGCAAGAGUUUUCAUAUUCCUAAUUAAGCACCCAAAGAAAAACUCUACAUUUCAGGCUCAAACAUGUGGACUUAGUUUAAUGAUCAACUUGAGGGAGAGGGAGAAAGAAAACAUGUCAUACACCAUAUGCGAAAAGGUCAUUUUUGUCUAUCUGCUAUUUGUGUUUUGUUCUCUCAGAAUUAAAGGGCCAAUCACUUGGGAUGUUGUACUUCAUGAUCUCAACUGAUUAGUCAGAACCUUUCAGCAAGAUCAUUCCCCUUAUGCUGUACCUGCAUGGUGACCACAGCUUUGGACUUGUGUAAGAAUAAAUAAUAAUAAUAACAAAGCUUAGAUGUGCAGUUCUAUUACUUUAUAAUUACCUUCAUCUUGUAAAGUAUGCCUUUUGUAUCUUACUGUGUGACUUUAUUUACUUUCCCAUACUGCACACAGCACAAUACAUUGGAACACGCUCACUAGGGUGUGUUGCAACUCUGCAUUGGUGAACAUUCAAUGAGCACACUUUACCUGCACAUCCCAGACUACCACACUCUGCACAGAAACAGCCCGGUGCUGCUUCUGUUUUAUUUUCAGUGCUGUGCUUGCUACACUCAUGGCUCCAUCUGUUUCUGUGUGUGUCUUUGUCUGACUUCUGCUCUUGCAGGGCCAGUAGCAUCUUAAGGCCAGAAAACAAAUAGACAAGUGCAAGAACAAUCGUAGUAACACGGCACUGUAUUUCCAUGGCAAGAAAAACAUGGCACUUUCUCCCAUGAUCCACAGUGGGACAAUAGUUUAUUAGGACCAACUAAAAUGUCACAAAAUUGAGAAUAUGUUUGCUCACUAUUCUCUGGCAUUUUUGUUUGUCCUGAUAAUGGUAUUGCCCUACUUUGGAUGUUUUUCUAAUGGACCAACAUAGCACUCUGUAUGCUUUUUGCAAAAGAGAACAUCUUCCCCACGUGCAUAUAGCUGCAGGAGAGGUUUGGGAUAUGUUUGAGAUGGCUAAUAGUUUACUUGGAGCAAUGGUGAAGCUUAACAGACAAUCAGUGCUCUAUGUGAACGGUGUACUCUAGAUCAGGGUAGCUAACCUGGUGCUCUCCAGAUGUUGUGGAUGACAACUCCUAUAAUCCCUGACUGUAGAUAAUGCUGGCUGGGGCUGAUGGGAGUUGUAGUCCAAAAAUCUGCCCUAGACCAUGGCCUAGAAUCACCUUUAAUUCACUGGAGUUCCUUAGUGGAUAAGUGAACACUGAAAGAGUUCAGAGUGCAAAGUUUGAACAUCACUAGCAAAUGCCAAAUACAUUCUAGUGUCAGGUGUGAACUAUAGGCUAUUUGUCAGAAGUAAGCUGGGACUCAGGAGCCAGGAGGUCAGAGCUAAGAAAUCAACCCAGGAAUCCGAAUCAGGGAACCCGGCAAAGGAGCCAGAACUGGGGAAGGCACAGAAACAAACCAGAGCCAUGAAUAUAUGGUUGCUCUGGCAAUAUCUGCCCAAGCAAGAAGCCUUUUAUAGCCCUUCUCAUUCAGAAGUGCCCAAUAGCCACUCCGUGUGGAUAGAGCUAGUCCAGAGUGGAAGGGCUGUAGCUUAAUGACAAAGCAGGUGCUGGCCAUCAAUAUUACUAACAAAAUUUGGAUGUAAAGAGGUUGAAUUUCACAAAUUGAACAAGUGAAUCCAACAACUGAAUGGAAUACUAGGUAUUGUAUCAAUACACCCUGAAGAGACAAAAUACUGUAGAAGCAUGUUGGUAGGACUACAGAAAUCCCUUUCCAACAAACAACCUAGAUCAUGAUCCAGCUAAGCACUUUUAAAUCUAUUGACUGAUUUCAGUCAGAGAGGCUUAAGCAUGUGGUUAAUCCAUGGAACUUCAGAGCACUUAACUUUCUCUGGAUCAUGCUAAUUGUAUUCUUCAUGUUACUGCUAUUUAUUUAUAUGAUACCUGAAAUAUUUGUGCUACUUAUUUUUGUGCCUACCCUGUAACUCAAGCUGUUCUGCUGGAGGUGAUUCUCUGGAGCUGCAAAAGGGAGACUCCAUCUGUUGAAGAAAUCAUUUUUAAAGAGGGAGACUCAAAAUCCCAUGGUAUUCUAAUGAGGGCAUAGGUUGGAUGUUUUUGUUCUCUGGAUAAAUCUGCUUUUCAAAAUCCUUCACUCCUUCACCAGCAUCUGGCAGGCCUCUCUUUGUGAAAGUGCAUGAAUAUUUACAGGGUCUACCCUCUAUCCCUCCCUUCUUGAAGUUUCAAUGACAAGCUUUCAAACAGCAUUGUCCUGUGGGAACUUCAGACAUUCUGAUGCAAGGCAGGCAUAGCUUCCUACAUAGUAUUAGCUGACUUUGACAAGUUGAAUCAAUUCAAUACUUGCACAAUUAGAACAAUAUUAUGUUCACAUUCAAAUAAGAUGGGCGGUAUUUGAUCAGUUCUUUAAUGGGCCGUCAACCCCGUCCCCCCAAAAAAGAACAUCUGUUUUGACAUAAUUUUAGACUUGAUGUGAAUUAAGGCAGCCAGUAGAUUCAGAAUUGUUUGGAUAUUAGACUCCAAUGAGCCUUCAAGGUUACAGCAAGAACUUCAGAAACAAAAAUCCAAUGAUGCUUCAACAGCAAGGAUUAAAAACUGCAAACAUGCAGUCAGGCUUGGCACCUGAUGUUGCUGGUACAAAACAUACAGACCUCACUCCAGGCUGCUUAGCACAGAACGCUGACUUUAUUGCAAUCCAUAUUUAAUUCAGUGGCAUAACCGGCUCAUCAUGGGAACAAGCUACUUUGUGCUCAACUUUGGUGCUAUUUUAUUGCUAAAACUGUUUGCCAUAAUCCACAUGUUAGCAGGGAGGAAAGCGAGGCAUAUUCAAACUUUCAUAAAGUAAAAUCUGCCAGUUGUUGCCUUGAGCUUAUAUAUACACAAACACAAAUAACAAUACAUAGCAUUUAACAUGCUUAUUUUAAGUGUAGUCAUGCACGUACAUCUUUUUAGUAAUUUUAUAGCUGAGUGAGGGAUCACCCAUAACCAGGCAGACCUACACCCAAUUUGAAUUAUUCCCUGCCCCCGCAAUAACCCCCCCAUGCCCCAUCCCAUAUUAUUCAGGAGGGCUUUGGGGUAAUUUCAGGUGGCUGAAGGGGGAAAGAGGGCUCAGGAAACUUUCCUUCUGUUCACUUAUCAUGAGCUGGAGUCCAGCAGCAUUUGAAGGGCCACAGCUUUCCCAUUCCUGACCUACGAAGUAAUAAAGCAACAAAAAAUUAAAACAUAAAAAAUACUAAGACAGAUGUUAAAACAAGACUAAAUAGAUAAGCACUACAGACAUAGCGUGAUACUUGACUACCAUUACAAAGAACUGGAAGCUCGUAUUGAAAUAAAACACUCUAUCACUUGCCUGAAAGCACGUAAAAUUAACAGGUGAGCAAGAAAACAUCUUCCUUGUGCAGAAGAAGGCUAGAAAACAUUUCUGGAGAGAGUGGAAUAUUGAUACAAGCUAUCCCAAGUGUGUACGCAGUGAUCUCAAGAAAAAUUACUCUAUACUGUAUGCGUUCUAACUGCUAGUUGCCAAUAUUUAGGAGUGCAAAACUGGAUGCUGUCAGUUCUGACCAUUCUGAUUCUGACAGUUCUGGUCCCUAAAUGGCUUGGGACUAACUUACUUAAAUGAUUGUCUGUACCCAUUAAGUCCUAUCUGUAUCUUAAGAUGUAGUUCAUACAGCCUGAUUCAGUGCCUGCCAGUAAAGAUGAUUGGUGUGCAGCAUAGGGCCUUCUUUGUGGUGGCUUCACAAUUGUGGAAUGCAAUUCCUGUAGAGAUUAGGCAGGCUCUUACCUCUCACAUUUUUAGUAGAAGGCUUUAAAAAAACUAUAUUUUUUCAAGAGCAUUUGAGGUAGCUUUGCCAACUCUGACUGAGGAAAUUCCUAGAGUUUUUUUCAAACUGAGAUUGAAUUUAUACAUGCUGCCUUUACCUGUCUACAUACCGGUCUACAUUCACCUUUACUGUUUAAACCCAAACUUGGAAAACCAGACCUUUAGAGGCCAGAGAGCACACCUCCUUGUAUUUAUUUUAUUUAUUUUAUAUUAUUUGUGUGUGUGUAUGUUUUCUUCUCUCAGCAUCCUCUGUUUUCU